UUCUCUUUUCAUCAGAAGUACUUGGAGGUGAUCUUUCCUCACAUUGGUUGGAUCAGGCCUACAUUGGGUCAUUCCAAAAUUUUCUGAUCGAGUUUUGUUUUUUGUUUUUCCAUCUUCACAGACCUCCGUGGAUCCUCCAUGGGUCAAAAAAUGAUUUUCAUAAAGCAGCCAAACCAAUGGUACCAUUCGAUUCCUUGACUCGAAAAAACAAGUCAUAUUAUACCAGAUUGAUUAUUCACGUACACUAUCAAAUCAGUUGCUGCGUUUCAAAAAUACAACGACAGCUUUUCUUUCUCCUGUUUCUUUCACGCAAGACGAUGCCAGCACUUGAUAUUCGAGGUUGUCUCGAAGACUCACCUAAUUUUCGAAAACGGAUCCAGUCUCAUGAAGAAUCGAUUCAAAACUUUGAACAAUCACUCAAGACACUCAUCAAACUCACUCGUUCUCAAGUUGAUUUAUCUAUAGCCUAUAGUCAACAACAAAACCAACUUGCACACGAAUUUAUGUCGUUUGCUCAUGCGCAAGAUGAUCCUAUUGUUGGUAAGCCAUAGCAUGUGUCAUGUUUGUUGUCUCAUUUAAAGUGUAGCUCAAGCACUUGAAAAGUUUGGUAAAUCCAUUGAAGAAGUAGAGAAAAGUCGACAUAUGUUUGUAAGGCUAAAAA